UCCGCUUGCCGGUGGUAACACUCCACGCAACCUCUGCCAAAAGAAAACUACGCGAAAAAUAUGCCAUAAAUUGUGAGAAUCGAGCGUGUUUAAUUAACUUAUCCGGGGACGUAAAGUGCUCAGCAGCGGCGGGUCGAGCACCGCCCCAACAGCCACCGAUUCGCGCAGUCCCAGGCAUCCGAGAAGAGCGGCCAAAAGAUGGCGGAUCCGCUGAGUCUGCUGCGGCAGUACAACAUAAACAAAAAGGAGAUCGUGGAACGGGACAGUCAGAUUAUCUUUGGCGAGUUCUCCUGGCCGAAGAGUGUCAAGACCAACUAUCUCAAAUAUGGCUCCGGAAAGAAGGGCGCUCCACGUGAGUACUAUACGCUGGAGUGCCUGCUGUACCUGCUCAAGAAUGUGAUGCUCCAGCACUCUGUGUAUGUCCGGCAGUGCGCUGCUGAGGAUAUACCCGCCGUGAAUCGUCCGGAUCGAAAGGAGCUGCUGGCGUACCUCAAUGGCGAGACACCGACCUGUGCCAGCAUCGACAAGAGCGCACCGCUCGAGAUCCCCACGCAAGUGAAGCGAGCAGCCGAGGGCGAAAUCUCAAGCGGUGAGGUGGCCGCCAAGAAAGCACGGUUCGAGGAGACGCAGGUGCAGAAGGUGCGCGAGCAACUGGCGGCCCGAUGGGAUGUGAAUCAAAAGGAGACUGCCGUCAACAUGGACAACAUCAAGUCGCUGUCAGAGACGAUGUCCGUGGAGAAAAUCGCAGCCAUCAAGGCGAAACGUUUGGCCAACAAGCGUACGACCAUCAAGCGAACGGACAACGACGAGACCAUGGGCACCGAUAUGCGGGCCAUUCUCGACUACGACGUGGACUCCACAAAGGAUAUCAUUAGCCGGGAGCGGCAGUGGCGCACGCGCACUUCCAUCCUUCAGAGCACCGGUAAGAUCUUCGCCAAGAACAUUUUCGCCAUGCUGCAGGGCAUCAAGGCCCGGGAGGAGGGUCGCAAUCGCCCGCAGGUGCCCAAUCCCAUCAAGAUGCCGGAACCGGCGAGGAUUGCCAAGCCACAGCCACAGCUGUCGCAGUACAAUCGUUACGAUCAGGAGCGCUUCAAUCGGCAAAAGGAGGAGACCGAGGGCUUCAAGAUCGACACGUUGGGUACGUACCACGGCAUGUCGCUGAAGUCCGUGACGGACGGCUCGCUGGCGCAACGCAAGUCACAGGCCAGUCUGCCGGGUGCACCGGGACCAGGAAUGCCGCCGGGAGCAGCUGCCGCCGUCACUGGACGGCCCAAGGAGCUGAUUCCAACGGCGCAGGCCAGGCAAUUGCCCGCCAAUGGACCCACGAAGCGACCUUCGCGCACACCCAUCAUCAUUAUACCGUCUGCCAAUACAAGCCUCAUCACCAUGCUCAACGUGAAGGAUAUCCUGCAGGAGCUGCGCUUCCUGUCCACCGCCGAGAAGAAGCUGCAGGGCUGCCAACGCGACAGCGAAGUGCUGUUACAGCGUAAACGUAACAAUCAGACUGUUUCUUACCGGGUGAUAGACAAUCCCAUCAAAUUGUCGCAACAGGACUGGCAACGUGUUGUGGCCGUGUUCGUUAUGGGACCACAGUGGCAGUUCAAGGGCUGGCCCUGGGAUGGCAAUCCCGUUGAGAUAUUCUCAAAGAUUUGCGCCUUUCAUUUGUGCUUCAGCGAGCUGAAAUUGGAUUCUAAUGUGGAGCGCUGGUCGGUGACGUUGCUGCGACUCUCCCAAAACAAACGGCAUCUGGAUCGGGCCGUGCUUAGCAAGUUUUGGGAAACGUUGGACAAAUACAUGGCCAAACACAAGCCCGACUUGCGGUUUUAAUCCCUUCUUAAACUUUGGCUGAAGAUAUUUUUGCAAUGAAGCCUAAAAACAGUCUCCCGUCAACCAUAUUUUUAAACGAUCCGUAAAUUUGUAAUAAAUGACGCACUCAAUUACUUUAUACACCUACAUAGCUGGGGAUAAUAAGAUCUGGUCGCCUAUCUGUGACUUCUGGUCUUUCCAAGUUGUUAAACACCGCGAUUGAACUCGCUCUCCAGGGCGCUAUUUCGUUUUUUUCGGCCCGCCACCCAUUGCUGCGAAUAGGCCCGUCCGCUGGCAGUUAGAGAUUAAGCUUAAAAGUUUGUUGUUCGACACUUGUACAAUGUAAACUAUAAAAAAACAAACGGAAUAGAAAUCAAGUAAUUUGUAUUUUUAGUGAUAAUAAAAAGUUACAAGACAAUUAA